UAAACGUGAUCGUGUUAUCUGGGCAAUGAUGAUGCCUCGUGUUAUUAUUUAGUAAAUUUGUUUUGUUCUUCUAAGGUUUCUUGGUUUUGUGCCAGUCAUUAAAAUGUCUUAUCAUUUUACCGGUGUUAGACCCUACUUUAGACAAAACAGACGUCAAGAAAAUUAUCAUGCCAAUAAUUAUUAUUUCCCAUCGUUUCAACCAUCUCAAAACCAACAAAUGUAUGCACAUAGACCUAUGAACUGCAAUGUUCAUCAGCCAAGUUAUAAUAUCUCUGAACAACAUUGGUGUGAAACUUGUGAUAGAGGUUUCAAAACAUCACAACAGCUUGAGACACAUAAACAGCAGCAUCAGAAAUGUAAUAUAGAUGGUUGUCAAUUUGUUGCUCAUCCAAAAGUAAUAACAAAACACAUUCAGAUGCAGCACUCUUCAGGUUUAUAUAAAAGAAUUUCUAAAUUAGAUAACCCUGAAGAAAUAAAAAAAUGGAUUGAAGAAAGGAAGAAAAAAUAUCCCACCAAAAGUAACAUAGAAAAGAAAUCUGCGGAAAUUAAAGAGAAAAUUGAAAGGGGUGAAAAAAUGGGGCUCCGGCAGGAGAGAUUUCAGCAAAAUAAUUAUCGAGGUGAUGGAGUAAAACGAAAGCAUAACAAUAAUUUUAAUAACCAUCUAGGAAAGAAAUAUCACCUACAAGAUAAUGUUGAGAAAUCAAAAACAUAUUCAAAAUCAAAGGUGAGAAAAGUAGGGCCACCAAAAAAAGUAAAUACUCUUCCAGCUAUCUAUGAAAGCAGACGUCUAAGACCAUUUACUGGAAUUCAAAAUAUAGACAUGGAUAUUGAUUCAAAUGAUGAAGCAGAACAAAAUGAAUGUAAUUUUGAUAUAGAAGAUGAUGAUACAUUCAAUAACUCGGAGAAUGGAAAAACUACUGGUGAACCAACACUUUGUGGUGCCUUAACAUCACUGAUGUGCAAUUAUGGUUCAUCUGAUGAAGAAAUGACUUCUAAAAGUAUUCAGAAUACAGUUGAUUUCACAGAGAUUAUGAGGAAAGAAACAAAAUUAAAUGACAUCCCAAAGGCAACUGAAGAUAAUAAAAGUGAUGAUGAUAGUGGUCCAGAAGAAAUUAAAGUAGUACAUAAUACUAAUGAUAUUGAUGUAAUUAACUGUAAAUCUGCUAAAAGCAACAAUGUAGCUAAAAAACAAGUGACAAGAAGAAAUGAUCAUACAAGCCAAAACAAAAGGCGCACAUUUAUUAGGCUUAAACCCAACAUGCCAACAACACUUCUUCACAAAUUACUACAAAAAGAAGUCCAACAUGAAAGAAAUGUAAUAUUACAGUGUGUUAGAUAUAUAGUUAAAAACAAUUAUUUUGAUAAUGAACAAAAGUAAUAAAAAAAUCAUACCAAUCAUUAAAAACAAGUAAAAUUUCUCCUAUAUAACCUAAUACAUAAUAGCUAAUAAUACAUAAGCUAUAAUAUAUCCUAAUACAGUGUGACCCUUACGACAUACAAAGUUUAUAUUUUUAGGCUCAUUGACCUCCCAACAGGUACUAAUGUUUGUAGGGAUUAUUAUUUUGGACGUCAUUCCAGCAGAAUCUGUUUUUAAUUAGUACUAGCUGCACGCCGCUGCUACCCUCCCGUGGGAAUUUUGGGAUAAAAAGUAUCCUAUGUGUUAUUCCAGGUUAUAUUCUACCCGUGUACCAAAUUUUAUAACAAUCAGUCCAGUAAAUUUUGUGUGAAAGAGUAACAAAGAUACAUCCUAACUUUCGCAUUUAUAAUAUUAGUAGGAUUUCGAAAAUUUAUUGUGGAACAAGUUCUGAACUUCCGAGGCUCAUUAGCAAGUCGUUAAGAACUAAUUAUCUAGUAAAAUCACGUUUCAAUAUUUAUCAUACUUUUUUAACUCCCGACGUAAAAAGAGAGGUGUUUGAGUUUUAACGUGUCUUUCUGUGGUAUCGUAGCUCCCAAACCGAUGAACCGAUUUGCGUUUAGCUUUUUUCAUGUCAUAGAUAAUUUUAUUCCGAGUAUUCUUAGCUAUGUUUCAUGAAGUUCAGCCGUUUAACAGUUGUAGCGAAAUGAAUAUUGAAAGAUGAGGAUUUUUUAAUUUGUCUAACAAAUAAACUUGUUACGUAUAAACCUGCUACGAUAAGGACAUAGAUAGGACACGGAGCGGAAUAUGGAACAAUAUACGAAACAAACAGUAAACGGGGUGGGACAGAAUACCCACAGAUAUAAGAAUUAAGAACAUACCUACCUAUGUAAUAUUCUUAUAUCUGAGAAUACAGACGUGGCAUUGGAGACAGAGAAGAGAUAACAUAUUUGAUAAAAGGAGUCAACAGAGUUCUUAAUAAAAAAUAUUCAUUCAUAUCGAGUGUGUUAUUGUUAAUACUGGUGUCAGAUUUUAUUCAAGUGUUAACAAGAACACACUCAUCGUGCCAGUUGUAGUUUUUUUUUUAAUGGAAAAAAAUGAUUCUGCUGGAGUAACGUUGUUCUGCCAAGAAAAUUUUAAACGAAUAACUAUUUUUUUUUAAAUAAUCGGAGAAAUAUUGUUCAUGGUCAGGUAUGUAGGUAGCUUAUGUGUGUGGAAGUAUGUGCGGCGAAAAUAUAAUUUGUGCGUGUUCAUGUUAUAGAGAUACUGAGAUUUUUUGCUGGAGUAACGUUUUGCAAAUAACCAUUACUGGUACGCAUGUGGAAUAAAAAUAUAUACACGAGCAUCUCUUGAUUUGUGCUCAUUGCACAUAAAAUUAGAUUUAUGAAAAUAAUUAUAAUUUAAGUGAUCGCACUUUUUUGAAAAAUAGAAAAAUGAUAGCAGCGCGGAAAUGAGAAAUGCACAAGUCCACUGAAAACUCCUUGAUACCUUAUAGGUAUAUCCAUAGUUUCAGUGUAGAUACCUACAACGGCUUCUAACGGGCGAAGCUGCAUGUAUAAACAGCUAGCAGACGGCUGAUGGGUAAUUUAAAAUUAAAUCGCUGGUUUCUGUUUACAAAUUUUUGCGAAUUAUAUAAACUGUUCUUUUUUAAAAUCUUUAUUAAUAAGCAGAUUACAUAAAUGUAACGCCUCUGCCGUACGCCGUGGCAGUCGUCUGAAAUAAGUUCGGUCGGCUGCAAGUCCCUAGUCUAAGGACUUUGCAGCCGACUGUACCUAAUAGGAAAGUCGUGAAUAUAACAACAAAUAAAAUAAAUUUAUUUUGUCA